UGUUUCCGGUUCACUCUUGCUGCCUUCCACUCCUUGUAACUUGGGCUUUACGCCAGUCCGUUUGGUCCUAAGUGUGAGGAUUCUGCAACAAUACCGGUGCAGUGGAGUCGAGGGAGGUAGCUAGGGCGUCCUGGAAGUGCUACUGGACUUGCUGGCGUAGAAUUAGCUUGUUGGACUGGUUGUUUUGUGAGGGAACCCCGUCAUAUAGCAAGCCUUGUCUGGUCGAUCGCUUAGGAAGUCUGACUUCAAUAUUGCAGCAAAUCCUACAUUAUAUUUUACCACUGUGUCCGUGAGUGAAUUUUGAAAGGUUUGUUUUUCUGCCUACAACGACUCGACUGCUUAUUUUGGGCUAAGAUAAACAGAUAAAGCUCAACAGUGGAAAUACCCAAAGGGAAAAUUUGAGUUGUUUACGAAUUAGAAACCCACACAAGACGAUUCAGCCCGGCCAUCCUCAGGUGUUUCACAACCUUCACCAUGGGACCCUUUCAUAUUUUGAUCAUCCCUGCUUGUCUUUUAUUCGUUCCCUCAAGCGAUGCUCAAGCUAGUGCCCAGUGCGCCAAGAGGAGCUGUUAUCCAGCCACGGGAGAUCUCCUUGUCGGUCGUGAGAAUAAGAUCUACGCGAGCUCUACAUGCGGUCUCCGUGGUCCUGAGGAAUACUGCGUGGUGUCGAACCUGCAAGAUUAUGGAGACUGUCACAUCUGCGACUCCAGGCCGUAUCAGACGAACCCACAGUUCAGUCACGUGCCGAAAUACAUGCUCUCGUCAUUCGACGGGCGCAAAAAGGACGAAUGGUGGCAGUCGGAAAACGGCAGGGAAAACGUGUAUUUACAGCUUGAUUUAGAGUCCGAAUUCCACUUCACACAUUUGAUCAUGAGGUUCCGUACUUUCCGGCCUGCGGGAAUGGUGAUUGAGCGGUCCUGGGACUAUGGCAAGAAGUGGCAGAUUUACCGAUACUUCUCGGCCGACUGCGACAAGAUUUUUCCGGGAAUACCAAAAGGCGAACCCAAAGACAUCGAUGAUGUCAUCUGUACGAACAAAUACUCAACUGUGGAACCCUCCACGAAUGGCGAGGUCAUCUUCCGGGCGCUGAAAUCUCAAAUCCCGAUCAAAAAUGCGUACAGCAGUAAGGUCCAAAACCUGCUGAAGAUCACCAACAUCAGGAUCAACUUUACGAAGCUGCACACGCUUGGUGAUGACCUGCUUGACCCGAGACCCGAGAUCAAGCGCAAAUACUACUAUGCCGUCUACGAUCUGGUCAUCCGAGGGAGCUGCUCUUGCUAUGGUCAUGCAGAGCAAUGCCUUCCAGAACCUGGACAACCCACCACGCCAGGAAUGGUUUACGGUCGCUGUAACUGUACCCAUAACACCACGGGUAAGAACUGCGAGCGGUGUCAGGAUGGAUACUUCGACGUCCCAUGGAGACCCGCUGAUGCUGAUAACCCAAAUGAAUGCCGAAAGUGCAACUGUAACGGUCACGCGGUCAAGUGUCGGUUUGAUCCGGCCGUCUACCAAGCAUCUGGGAACGUUAGUGGCGGCGUGUGUCAGGACUGCGAGCACAACACUGUGGGCAGGAACUGUGAGCGAUGCAAACCGCUACAUUACCAGGACCCAUCGAAGAAGUUUAGCGACCCUGACGCUUGUAUAGCGUGUAACUGUGACCCAACUGGCGGCGUCAAUGGAGGAGAGUGUGAGGCCAAGAAUGACCCUGCUGCCGGACUAGUAGCCGGACGCUGCAUCUGUAAGAGGAACGUCGGUGGUGUCCGGUGUGAUCGCUGCAAGGCCGGCUUCUUUAACUUGACCACCGAUAACCCGGACGGCUGCAAAGCCUGCGGAUGUAACCCUCUUGGUACUAUAGGCGAGUGUAACCCGGACACUGGCCGGUGUACGUGCAAGCGAUAUGUCGAGGGCGAAGACUGCGACAGAUGUGCGAGCGAGUACUGGGGACUAAGCAGCACUCCCGCUGGAUGUAGCAACUGUGCGUGUGACGUCGGCGGUUCCUAUGACAACCAAUGUGACAAACAGACUGGCCAAUGUCGUUGCCGCAAGGGGAUCACGGGAAGGCAGUGUGAGAGAGUGAAGACUGGGAACUACUACCCGCUCCCAGAUCAUUUGAUUUACGAGUCGGAGGAGGCACGCGCAGUUGGGGUCUCUGAGGUCGCGCGACAGGAGUAUCCCAAAAAUGGUGCAGCUACGUGGACUGGUGAUGGACUGCUGGACGUGGCGGACGGAACUGCCGUGGUCUAUUCGAUCACCAACAUUCCGAAUUCUGGGUUCUACACGCCGCUGCUUCGAUAUGAGACAAAGGAUGCCGGUCAGUGGCGCGCUGUUGUUCAAAUCAGCAGACCCGAUGGCAAACCGCUGACCACAGGCGCGUGCCGACGUCCAUCAGGGCGUGACGAAUACUAUCGUAACGUGACCAUCGCGCUGAACCCGUCACGCCGCUAUGUCACGCUACCUGAUGACGUGUGUCUCGAGAAAGGCGUCAGUUACGAUAUUCGUGUACGGUUUGUCCGGGAUCCUGUUUCUAAUACGCGUGACUCCAUCUUCACGGAUUCGAUCGUACUGCUCCCCGUUCCUGGCUCAGUAGACAUAUUCCAGGGAUCCGAGGGGGCAAAGCGCCAGGCUCAGUUUGACUUGUACCAGUGCCUGGACUAUCACCUGGCCGCCAGUCAGCCCCGCCCCAAGCUUUCGGACGUCUGCAAGAAACUCAUCUUUUCCAUGUCUUCAGUAAUCUAUGAUGGUGCAGUAGCCUGCAACUGUGACCCUAAGGGUACCCAAAGGGACGCCAAUGGUACGCUUGUCUGCGAUCCUAUUGGCGGACAGUGCAAGUGCAAGUCGAAUGUGAUUGGCCAGAGGUGCGACCGCUGCGCGCCGGGAUCGUUUGGAUUCAGCAACAAAGGAUGCUCAGCGUGCGACUGCGACCGUAUCGGUGCCAUCGACAACUUCUGUAACAUUCUUACGGGACAGUGCCAGUGCAGGAACUGGGCAUCGGGAAGGCAGUGCAGUCUGUGCCCGCCAAACAUGUGGGGGUUCCCCCUGUGCCGACCCUGCCGUUGCUAUGGACACGCCAGUAGCUGUAACCCCAAGACUGGCGUCUGCGUGGACUGUCAGCACAACACGGUGGGAAAGAAUUGCGAGGCGUGUGCUGUUGGCUUUUACGGUAUCGCUACAAAAGGAACCCCGAACGACUGUAAGCGCUGUCAGUGUCCGGGCGGAAGCAGCGGAAAUAAGUUCAGUGAGAGCUGUUACGUAGAUACCUCUACAACGCCGCCAUCGGUACUUUGCGACAAGUGUCAGGUGGGAUAUACCGGCAGGCAAUGCGAGGAAUGUGCGGAUGGUUACUAUGGCAACCCCUUAGUUCCUGGGGGUAGCUGUAAGCCCUGCUCUUGCAACAACAACAUCGAUCCCACGGUCAGCGGCAACUGUGACCGACUGACGGGCUCAUGCUUGCAGUGUCUGUAUAACACGGCUGGGUUCAAUUGCGAGCGCUGUAAGCCUGGUUACUUUGGCGACGCUAUAGCCAGGAAUUGUACAAGCUGCGUCUGUGAUAAGAAAGGCACCAACCCAGGGUUUCACUACUCGUGCAAUCACAAAACUGGACAGUGCAAUUGCCUACCGGACGUCGAAGGCAAACAGUGCGAUCGAUGCGCAGAGGGAUUCUGGAACCUGGCGAGCGGGAAAGGGUGUCAGCAGUGCGACUGUUGUAUCGAGGGCAGCCUGAGGUCUAUGUGUAACCAGAUCACUGGUCAGUGUCAAUGCAAGGCUGGUUUUGGUGGACCAAGGUGCUGUGAAUGUGAGGAUAAUUUCUGGGGAUCACCUCCUGAUGGCUGUAGCGCCUGUAACUGUAACCUUGCUGGGUCCGUGCAUCUACAGUGCGACCGUGAUACGGGCAAAUGCUUGUGCAAGGUGGGUCACAUCGGCGAAAAGUGUGACAUGUGCGCGGCGGACACCUCCGGAAAGAUGCCCCAGUGCGAGAUAUGCGGGGAGUGCUACUAUCAGUGGAAGGCCACUCUGGGCUUUCUCUCCAGGAACGUCACAUACCAGAUCGACAGGGCUGCCAACCUCACGUUAAAGACUACAGGUGGUGCGUACGCUUAUGACAAAGAGCUCAAAGAGUUGGAAGAGAAAUUGAAGCGGGUUCAGAAGAUUCUUGACGCACAGAAAACCAAAGAAAACGAUACAAAGAUGAUCGAAGCCGAACUCGACGCUGCCACCAAAAGACUUCGUGAAAUCAAAGAAAACACGGAUCGCAUUGCGAACGAGGUCAACUCCACUGCCGUGAAAACCCACCAAGCAAACGACGAAAUAGCGCGGCUCAGAAAGCUCUUGAAUGACUUGUUGCAAAAAGCGGAUCAAAUGAAGAACGAUAUCCUUAGGGUACGUGAUACGAACAUUCGCGGAGCCUUUGAGGGAAUCAAGGAAAAUCAGCGCCGCAGUAGAGAGGCGGAAAAGAGAGUGAACGGCUCUUUGGACAGCAUAGAUCGAGCUACCAAGAACAGGAAGAAUAUACAGAUGACACUUGACGGUCCACCUUCCUUCAACCAAACGCAUACCAAGAACCAGGUAGACCUUGGGGACUUGAUGAAAAGAAUUGAGGAACUGAAGAGGAAUUCCGUCGAGUUGAAUGGAAUCGUUUGUGGGACACCCGCCAGUAAGUGUGGAGAAUGUACGGCGACUAAUUGUAGCGUGUGUGGCCGCCCCGGCUGUAAUGGGACCAGGAACCUUGCCCAGGAUGCCGUCAAGAGAGCCAAGGAGGCAGAGGACGCUCAGAGAAUGAGAGAAGCCAAAGCAAACAUGACAUUGAAAGAAACAAUGGAAGCAGAGAUGAUGGUAAACAUGUCCCGAACAGCCGCAGAAACCGCGAUCUCCAAAGCCAUGGACGCGCAGAUGCGCGCCCAGAACGCCACCAAGAGGAUGGAUCAAUUGAUCAAGGACAUCUUGGAGUUCCUCGCGCAGCCAUUCCCUGCCAUCGACAUGUCAAGGAUGCUAGCCAACAAGGUCCUUAACAUGACGCUAUCCGUGUCCCCUGAUCAAAUCACAAAACUUGCUCAAGAUAUCAGAGAAGCGUGGAAAAGUCUAACAGGAGUUGAUGAAAUCUUAGAGAAAACGAAACAGAACCUCACGAGAGCUGAAGACCUAAAGAGGAGGGCAGAGGAGGCAAGGGAAAAGGCGUUGACUGUCUCAGAUGUUAUCCAAAAUGUCACUGACGCCCUUGAUAUGGCUGCGAAUGGCCAGCAGCUAGCUAAAGAUGCCAUACAGCUCGCCGAAGAUGACAUCGUAGAAAGCCAGGGCAUCUUGGACGCAUUAUUACCCCUUCUCGAUGCUCUGGAGAAAAAGGUUAACGCUGCAGAAAACACUACGAAUCAAGUCAAGACAGACCUCCCGGCCGUAAAAGACGCUUUCGAUAACAACGCCAAGAACCUUACAAUGGCCGAAGAUGAAAUGAAGAAGGCCAACAAAGAGUCUAUGAUCGCUCUUCAGGAAGCAGAAAGACUGAAGAAAUUGUUCGAGCAAAUAAAAGGAAAAAUAGACAACAAAGUCGGCGCGGUUGUGAACGCUACAAAACGGGUCGAUCAAUUCAAGGAAAAGGCGAAGAAACUGACGAAUGAGCUUGGUAGCAAGAUACGAAGGAUUGAGAUUAUUGAAAGAGAGACGAUAACAUACGAAAACCUGAUUGAGGAGCUACGAGAACUUAGGAAGAAAAUGGUGGCGCUCAAGGCAGAAGUAAAGAAGAAAUACCGACUCGUAACCGGCUGCGUACCAUGGGACACGGAGCCUUAACCGGAUAUGACGCACACGAAAUCUUCAAAUCUAAUUCUUAUCGCCGGAUGUUUCUGCCGCUCAAAAUCAGUGACAUUGGUUACCAUGUAGAUAUCAUCAAUUUUGACUGACAGCUUUGACACUGAGGGAAGCAUACAUGACGGCACACUACAAAUGGUUUCUACGCCACUGAGCGAGAGCUGCUUUGCUGUUCUUCAGUACUGCGAAAGGAAAAAAUAAACUCGUGUGAAAAGUUGGUGUCGCAUCGCUUGCAUUUAUAAAAAGGAAUUAUAAUUGCACGAGAUGCCUCAUUUUAUUGUAUUUAGUUCGCUAAGAUUUUAUUUGCGUAUUCAGAAUUACAGCUAGGAUAUUACAAUUAGAUGAUUGUGGUGAAUGUCUGUCUGGAUUAUUGUAAAUUUGAUAUAUUAGAGAGAUGAAUGAAAUGAUUACAAAUGAGCUCAAAGGCUGCAAAAUGUAUAAUUUGCCAGGUUAUAAAUUUGAGGAAAAUAUAUAACGUUUUUCUCAAAGGAUACAGUAUACGAUGGUUUGCAUAUUUUUUAUAUAUAUUUGUACAGUAACCUUUUUGUGCCACGCAGCAUGGCUGGGUGACUGUUUCUUGGUUUUUAAUAACUCUCGCAAUCGGCCAACCAUGGUUUAAUAAAAGGUUGUCAGCAAUAAAA